GUAGAGGUGUAGUUCGGCAGCCGAUACUACUUAACGAGUUAUAGUCUUUGUGCGGGGGACGUUCGUGUUCAGGACAAGGAAAAGCCAAUCUUUAUGGACGAGUAUCGCCAGUGACUUCAGCAUUGUCAGUGAUGAGACCUUGGACAUGCCUUGCGUUUUUAACCAUCUUAAUUUACUCAUGUGCAGAAGGUCUCUAUAGUAAUGGCAUGAAUGUCUGCAGACACACCGAAACAAGCAAGACAACGACAAGUGAGAAAUACACGGAAAAGUGUAAAACAUGGGGUUGGGGAAGAUGCAGUAAAUAUCGAACAAAGAACAUCUACCACUCAACAUUUGUGUAUGCGUGCUGUCCAGGGUGGAAGUCUACCAACAGCAGAGAUUGCAGCACAGCCAUCUGUUACGGCAAGGACAACACUCAUGGAGCCUGUAACCAGAAAGGAAGCUGUGUUGGACCAGACAAGUGUUCCUGUUACACUGGAUAUACUGGAUCACAAUGUGAUCGAUGUCUUGAUGCUCGAGCUGAUCCUGAACAUUCCGUCUGGUGGCACACCAACGGACAUCCUGACUGUGCUUUGACCUGUUCGUGGAAGAACCAAUGGUGUUGGCCUGGAGACUGCUCAGACAGAAGAUUGAGAACAAACUGUACCUGUAGGAAGGGAUUUGUUAAGAAAGACGGAGGUUCCAGUUACACAAAGUGUGACCUUGCUGACAAACCCGAACUUCUAAAGUGCUUCAUCGGGAUGACCGAUGCAGACCAUAGACUGAGAAAUUCCACACAUGGCUCUAAUAGUACUGGGUGUCAAUAUGAAACCGAUACAUAUGUCAAUCUGAAGCCAGCAUCUAUAUAUUAUAUGUUUGGCUCAAAGUUCGACAAUAUUGACAUCAAAAACCAACCAAACUACAUUUACGAGCAAGGAUAUGGAAUAAUUGCUUCAAAGGUGACAUUGACGAAGAUCACCAUCACUGGGAAAGAGUCUCGUCUGUCUACAGUACCACUGCAUGGAGGCAAUGACUGCUCGGAAGCUCUGAGUGAUACUUCACCCUCUAGUAAUCUAAAUUGUUCAAGGACCCUAAAUCUAUCAACAGACAUGCAUGACGGGGAAAGGAUUUGUCUCAACCUUUCUGCAACCGGAGGAGGCUUCUUCAAAUAUCAGGACUUUGACGGACAGCAUAAAGGAACCGAGAUCUACAGUCACCAGACUUCCACUAAACAGCUAUGUUUCCGUUAUGAUAUCGGUAAACCUGUGCACUGCUCCAAGCUCAGUACAAGCAGCUGUGUGUCACAACCACUUGAACUAUCAACUAGGAUAACCAGAACUGGUUUGUUGAACAUACACACCACUGGCUGGGCGGAUCCGAUUCCAAAAGGUGGAAAGUCUGAUGCUGCAUCUGGUUUGAUCUUCACCAAACUACAAGUUCUCGAGACUGCACACAAAGGAAACAGUAUCGACGUAAUACAAACAUCAUUGAAAGAUCUUGAUUUUAAAUAUGAUAAUACGUUUCAAUUGGACAAACCUAUCCAACUGCCAAUGAAAGAUGGCCUCUAUGCAGUCAUUUUGGAAGUUCAUGACAGGGCUAAAAACAUCCAACAUGUGCGGCGAUUGGUGCUGUAUGACAGCUCUUCACAAUUGAUGAAAAUGCCCACAAAGCCUCUGCAGGUUGUAUCUGCAUCACCCAAAACUGGCUACAAGUGGCAGACAAACCUCGGACAUAUUUGCAUUGACUAUAAAGGGCGUUACUUCAACAAUGAAAUGAGAGUAAACAAUCCUUUGGAUCCAGUCUCUCCCCAGGUAGAAGUGGAAACUGACUAUGACCAAACUGCUGGGAUCCUUCCGAUAUCUGGAACUCCAAACGUUGAUGGUAUCAUUAAGGCAAAGUAUUCUGUCUCUGCAGACCACGCUGCCCAAUCAGACUGGACGCACGUUCCACACUUCACAAACCAAUCACUAUGCAUUUCCCCCAAACUGCACGAUGGGCAAACUUUCAACAUAUCAUUACAAAUGACGGACAUUGUUAACAACUCUCUUGUGGAAUCUGUAUGGGUUUACAUUGACUCGACUGUUCCUGAUAUAUCAAACAUGUGGCUUGUAAAGGAUGGAAACAAGCAGGUGUAUGUCCACGAUAGUCUUGACCUGUCUACCAUGGUGCUUCAGUUUGAUGUCAUCGACCCUCACAGUGGCGUCAAAACUGUUGAAUGGUAUCUUGGCACAGCGGACUCUUCAGAAGAUCUUGGACAUGGUGUGCUGCCAUCGGGGAAACUGAAUGGAACGUCAUGUCCAACUAAUUCCAAGUGCUACUGUCCCACCAUUGGAGAGUGCCAGUUACACAACUACACUGUUCCACUGAACAGCCUGGUGGCUAACAAGACAAAUGAUGCUCAGCACAACCAGGCCUUCUACUUCACAGUGGUGGCAACGAAUGGAGCAGACCUUCGGAUCAUCGACCACCUUGACAUCCUUGUGGACGCAUCUCCACCUGAAGCAGGGAUCGUUAAAGAAGGAGCAGUGGACGGACAAGACGUGGACUACACAAGUGAAGAUACUGUAUUGGUAAACUGGGCAGGGUUUAUUGACCACGAAAGUGGCAUCAACCAUUACCUGGUCAGCCUGGCCCCUACAUGUCUGACACUGGAUGAAAUGAAGAACAUAACAGAAACGUUGGAAGUUACAGAAGGCAUCAAUACUGCACAGUUCAAAAUUAGGAAAGAGAUGAACAAAUAUUAUGCCACAGUUGUUGCCUUCAAUGCCGCUCUUAGUCCUUCAACACCUUCGUGUUCUGAUGGGAUAAUAAGGGAUAUCUCACCGCCGUCAGUUUACAAUAUCACACUUAGUUCUGCGCAAACAUCACAGGAACAUGUUGUUUGUCUGGAUGGGGAUCUCUGGCUUGUCACAAGAAAUCUAACACGAAGACUGCUUGGAAAGACCAGUGAAUGUGCACAGAGAUGCAAAUCAAAGUCCACAUCAAUAAUGGGUCAAAUGUUACCAAAGAUCUUAAACAUCUUGAAUGAUACCGAAAUUGAUGAUAGUUACUGUAGAGAUCUUCCUUCACUCGAUGGCUCCCUAAUUUUUCUUCCCUCUGACAAGAUAGUCUACCACUGGAACUGCUCUGAGAUGGAAAGUCAAAUGCGAGAUUUCUCAGUAGGAUUCGGAUCUGACAAGUCAACAGCUCAUGACCCAGAUAUCCUGGACUAUGCAUCCAGUAAAGGACAUCACUUCUUUAAGCUUAACCAUGUUGGCAUUGCUGGGAAGAACACCUUUUACAUCUUUCUAAAGGCAAUGAACAAGGCUGGAUUAUCAUCAGUUGCAACAUUUGGGCCAGUGAUGAUUGACAAUACACCCCCUAUAAUAACUGGGAAAGUAUUACCAAUACUAAGUGGAAAGUUUGUCAUAAUCAAAUGGGAUAACGAUACAUUCUCUGACCAGGAACAGGACUCAACAUUUACAGUUCUCUUCAGAAUUAUGCACGAUGGACAACGUGUUACACCUAUUCUCCAAACUCCAAAGCAGAUCACGGAAUCAUGUCAGAUCCAGGGUCAUGCUGGUUGCAUCAGAUAUCCACUCGAACGACUGCAAGAGAUGGACUCGGAGCUUAACAAACCAUUUCUGUUUGAACUGUAUGUAUACAAUUCUGCUGGCCAUUUCACUAUCGUCAACACAGAGAAGAUUACAGUGCCAUCCAGAUUCCCACCAGGACAUGGGCUAGUGUAUGACAUUGACCCAAUGCAUGAGGGUCGGAAGGAUGAUGUUGACUUUCAUUCGUCACUAAGGAAGUCCUGUGUCAGGUGGAAUGGCUUCAGUCAUCACCGAGAUGUCCAGUUUGAAGUGGCGCUAGGGUCUUCUGCAAAUGGAAGUGACAUUAGUCCAUUCAGAGUUGCAAAUGGCACAAGCAUAUGUAUAACGUCAUCCAGUUUCAAGCCACGUAUUAAGUAUUAUGCAACAGUAAGGGCAACAUGCUCGGGUGGAUCAUCGUAUGCUUCAUCCGAUGGUUUCAUCAUUAUUGAUCAGCCAACAAGUGACCAAUUUAUCCUUGAAGUCUUUGAUGGAGUAGCAUGUGGCGAUCAAAGUUAUGGCACAUCUGGAUUGGACCCAGAAACAGAUAAAAAGUUAGACAGCAACUUCACUAGGGUUUACAAACCUUCUGCAUCUCUCCAUAUUGGUCACACAUACAUUGUUGAGUUUGAAAAUUCCAUAACUGGCAACAUUUCAAUGGAUGAUGUUCUUUUAAUGUCAAACAUAAACACUGAUGGAAAGAAGGACAUGGACACAUAUCAGUUUGUACCUUUGACGCAUUACCCUCGGUUCUACAUUAACUCUGCUGAUGACAUAACCAACUCAACUAUUCACAUGUGCUCUCUAGACAUUGAUUACACGUUGUCUAAGAACAGAGUAUCAUCUUACUGGACAUAUGCUGGUCCAUUGAAGGUGUUAACAACUCAUUUUGAAGCUGCCCUCAAGGAAAGAAUGCACUGCGAAAACCGAACACAAUGUUAUAAAACUCUAUCUACCAUUAUUGUUGAUAGUGGCACUGACUAUGCAGACUUCACGAAUAUGGUCCUAGGACAUGGCAAGGUGUAUCAAGUGUUUGUGAGACCUUGUUUUGACACAGUGUGUUUACCAUGGAAAUCUUCAGAUGGAGUAAAGGUCGUUUCUGGACUGCAAAAAGUAACAACAUCGUCGUCAUUCAACAGUAGCUCUACAUCUUCUUGCCAUGCUAUGACAAUUCAUGUUGACAGUGUCAAAUGUGAAGAGGAACCGGGAGAUUCAAAGACAAUCAUCUAUCAGUGGGCUGCUUCAGACAAACAUAACAACCCAUUCACAUCCUGGAAAACUGACCAGUCACUCGCCAAAGGACAGUCUGACGUCUGUCUGGAGGACCACGUUCAGUCUCACAGUAUCAUCAACAUAUGCGUCAGGGUCAUAUGUCCAUCUGGCCUGUCUGAUACAUCCUGUCAGACUGUGCAUCACACCAGAAAACAGGGGAACAGACUUGUUGAAGUUGAUCAAAAGGAUAUCCAGGUGAUAAGAGAAAUGAUAGACAAGCUGGAAACUCGUAAUCUUGCUUCUUUUGACACUGAUGUUGCUGAAUCAAAGAUUAAACUGGCCGGUGUAAUAGAUGGAAUAGAAGGCAGGAUGUCCACCUGGUAUCUGAUGACAGAACCUCAUAUUCCAAAUGACUGUGAAGCUGAUGACAAAUGCAUCACAAGUGUAGAUGCUGUAGGGCCUGUUGCUUAUUUUCACGGUCUAGAGUUACUGGACAGUGUGAAAUAUUACAUAUGUAUACAUAGCGUUCCUACUGGACAAAAUAAUUCAAGAAUAUCAGAAUGUGGGGACGGUGUUAUCAUAGAUGACCUUCCCCCUACAAAAGGAGAAGUCUAUGUAAUCAACCAACAGAAUGGCUUUCUAACAGAAGGAGAUGUUUUGGAGAUAGCUUGGUCGGGAUUUAGUGACCAUGAAUCAUAUUUCAAGGACACAGAUUCAGGCAUUGCUCAUUUCUCAUAUGCCAUAGGUACCUAUCCAGGGGGGCAGGAUGCUCAGCCCUUCACAAGAGUUGGCCUAGUACACAACGCAAUCAUUUCAAAAAUCAUCUUGGAAAAUGGUAAAACCUACUACACGACAGUGAAAGCUUAUGACCGACUUGGACACUCAACAUCAGCAACAUCUGGUGCUGUUCUGGUUGAUGUUACACCACCUAAGACAGGCGACAUCUUCAUUGGUGACAUUCUUGACAGCCAUAGUGUGGUGUCAGGAGACAGGCUGACUGUCCAUUGGGCCGGAUUCGAAGAUCCUGAGUCUGGCAUCCUGUCAACAUAUCUCUCUAUAGGAUCGACCAGCACCGGAACACUGUCACCAUUCAUGAAAUAUUCAGGAACAUUUGCAGACCUCCAUAUGAAUGGAUUCAUAGAUGGCCAUGAGUAUUUUGCUAGAAUAAUGGUAACAAACCAAGCUGGCUUGACUUCAAUGGCAGUGUCCAACAGCUUCACCGUGGACACGUCGCCGCCUACAAAUGGUGUUGUUACAGAUGGUAGAAAAACAAACCAGGUGGAGCUAGACUACCAGAGUUACACUGACAUGUACAGUUGUCACUGGUCUGGAUUUGAUGAUCCACACUCUGGGUUGUCCUCCUUCCUUGUUAGUCUAGGGACUCAGUCCUAUCUGGAUGAUGUAGAGACAGAAACCCAUGUUGGUCUUGGAACGGAAAUGUCAUGGACUGGAGACUUGCCUGUCGGGAUAAAGCUCUACUGCAGUGUGAAGGCUUGUAACCAUGCAGGUCUUUGCUCAAAAGCUGUAUCAGAUGGGAUCAUUCUCGACAACUCGCCUCCAGUACCUGGCAUGGUCUUUGUGGGACAUGAUGGACGGCACCAUAAAUAUCAUGGACAUGUCUCAACUCUCUCUGCACGAUGGUUUGGAUUUGAGGACCCAGAUACAGGAAUCUACCACUUUGACUGGUGUAUCGGAACAUCUUCCAGAAAAUGUGAUGUACUUCCAAGUAUCAACAACCUCCUUUCCGACUCAGUACUUAAAACAGGUCUCAAGCUGCCCUCUGGUCACCCCCUGUAUGUUACUGUCAAUGCAACAAACCCCGCAGGUCUAGUGGCCACGUCCACUUCAGACAGCUUCAUCGUUGACGCAUCCCCACCAGUAGCAACACAAAAACCUACGUUCACAUCACCCUACUCUAAAAACAUGUCUGCUGUGAAUGUGCAGUGGGAGAACUCCAUGCUUCAUCUUCACUGGAAGUUCACAGACGCUGAUAGUCCAAUGCAAAGACACCUGGUGUCUCUGUCUACUCAUCAUGAUGGAGAAUCUGCUGUUGAAAGUAUACACCUGGGCGCUCAGGACUCCACCAUCAUUCUCUUUGAAGCAGGGAAUCUAAUGAGAAGUGGAGAUGUCUACACGGCCACUGUCACUGCCUGUAAUGCUGCAGGUCUCUGCUCCACAGCCACAAGUAACCAGAUUCGUAUAGACUCUACUCCCCCACAACUGGGAGGAUUCGAAUCUCCAAUGGUAUGGGAAAGUAUCACCGACACAGGUGUAACCAAGACACGUAUCAACCUGAAAUGGCUUGGCUUUACAGACACUGAAUCAGGAAUCAAGUCCUAUCAUAUCUCUGUCAGUCGAACAUAUGAUGGCAAUGAGCUAUCGAGAGGGGUUGUUCAGAUAGUACAUGACAUGUACGCUACUAAACAAUCAGCUUCCUUCAUACUCAGUGAUCAGAUCAGAACUGGAGAAAAUAUAAUCCUGACAAUCUUAGCAACAAAUACCGCUGGCCUAUCAAGUGGAGUAGGAAAGGUGACGGUGGCAGUUGUUGCCACUGAUGCGAAACAUACAAAGGGGAUGCUGGAACUCCAACGCCACUCAUGCUCAGUUCAUUACUGCACUGGGGACUGCACAUGUGCUGUUUUCGGACAGCGUUGUCUGCUGACUUCAUCACAGCCGAACUGCACUGAUACAACCAGUAAACAGAAGAGUACCGACAUAGUUGUACAUCCUGGUCUUGAGGCGGAUACAACAGUUACCAGCUCAUCAUCAUGUCUAACUGCCCAUUGGGAGGCCUCAUCAUCGCAGGUAUUAAACUCAAUCACUCGAUUUCAAUGGAGCAUUGGGGAAAAAGGAAAAUCACCAGGAGUUGGAAUAUUUGAUCACAAAACUGAGUCUGUAUGGCGGGAAAUAGGGAAACGUACCAGGCUUAUACACUGCCUUCCUCGGGGACGAUCACUUCUGCAUGGGACAGAAUAUAUCGCUCAGGUGAAAGCCUGGUUUAGCUUCAGUGAUUAUGCUGUGUUCCAGUCUCAUAGUUUCCUUGUUGACCACACACCACCUGCAGUUCAGAGGGCUAAGUCACUUCUGGAUUCAGAUGGGUCUUGUAAAAAAGAUGAGGAAUACUUUAGUCAUGGACAAACCAUAACAGCAUGUUGGGAGGGAGUAUUCAAUGACACACAAACACCACUGACAGGCUUUGAAGUUUGGAUUGGAACAUCGCCUGAAGGUGAUGACGUUAUUCAGGCAACAUCUAUGGGUAAUCAAACAUCCUUUUCGAUUCCUCUGCCACUCCUAAAAAGUGGCUCGAAAUACUACAGUAGCAUCAGGGCAACAAACCUGGCUGGUCUGCAGACUAUAGCAGUGUCUGAUGGUUUUGUAGUUGAUGAUGCACCACCUGUAGUUGGCAUAGUCUUCAACACUGACCGCCACAAGAACAUCGAGUUUCAGUCAUCCAACACAACACUGAAGGCUUCGUGGCAUGGAUUUGAAGACUACCAUUCCUAUGUUCAGAGGUUUGAAAUCGCAGUUUUGAAAGAAGGAGAACAUGUCCUGGACUCUAUGUUCAAGUAUCGUGGAAUAGAAAAUGAGAUCACCAUAGAAAAUCUGACACUUGAGGAGAAGAAGAGGUAUCGUGUUGCAGUCAGAGCAGUUGAUGCUGCAGGCAUUGCUAGCAACACUGCUGAGUCUCCAAGUGUACUGAUUGACACAUCAUCCCCCAAGGCAUUUGAAUGCACAUCUUUUGUUGAUAGGAAAGUGAAUUCUACUGCACUUCAGUACAAAUCUCUUCGACAUGACUCCAUUCAACUACAUGUGUUUGAACAUCUGCUGAAGGAUACAUUCUACCGAAUGACACUGAAAGGCAACUUGGACAUUCAUGUGUCACGUGUCAUUUUUACAGUUGGUAACCUUCAAUUUCCAGCAAAAUUUGAGAAGACAUUCUCAGGAGUACAGGCCUCACACAGCUUCCUGGCCUCACGUUCUGGCCUCAGUAACAUAAGUUUAUCAAUCACAGGGACAACUGUUUCAAAUGCCUUCAAUGUGACGCUUGGGGCGUGUCAAAACCUAGCAGAGACUGAUCCAACAAAUGGCAUCACAGUUCGGCAAAUCCGACCGUCUGUUGUUGCUGUUUGUGCCAGGGUAAUAGAUCAUGAAAGUGGAACUAGAAGUGUGUGGCUUGGAGCAGGAACAAGCAAGGGAGGAUACCAGAUCCGUGCCUUGUCUCCAACGUCUGUCAGCAACCAUGAAAUGAUUCUGGUGGAAGAGCCACAUGGUAGCCCUGUUCAUGUUACGGUGAUGGCAGAGAACAAUGCUGGUCUCAGAACCAUCUUCACAUCCAAGCCAAUCACCAUCGACCAUACUCCACCAGACAUGAGUGUUCCGUCAGGUACUCUGGAAUAUAUAGUAGGAUCUGAUACUGUAUCUAUUCUGAUGACCUGGGAGGUUCAGGAUGUGGAAAGUGGAGUACACUCAUGCCUAUGUACAUACGGAACACACCCUCUGUCCUAUGAUGAUCACACGUGGAGAAGGUCACAGAGCUUGACUCACUGCGAACUGAAGAACAUCUCUGCCCCUCAUGACAGUGUUCUCCACGUGUGGGCCCGUUGCAUAAACAACGUAAACUUGGAGACAGUUAUCAAGUCACAGCUUCUGCAUGUUGUAUACCAUCCUCCUGCACUCCCCAUUGGAUCUUUGAAACUUAUAGUGGACAAUCAGAUAUCUUCGGGGUCCCUCCCGUCCAACGUCCAGGGUUACACUGACCACGUAGAAUUUGUUUGGAAGGAUGGGGACACUUCUGACGUCGGGAGCUAUGAAUGUCGCCUUCUUGAACAUGGUACGCCAGUAGCAGAUUGGGUGUCUAUGGGACAGAAGACGUACGCAACACUUGACGCACUGAGUCUCCAAGAUGGACAUGUGUAUGAAAUCCAGGUCCGCGCUGUGAAUGGCAGGGUCCAGUACAGCAAUAUCCUCAACAGUACCAUAACAGUCGAGAGCCGGUCGCCCUCGACCACAGGGGCCGAGCCAAAUAUAACACUGGCGAACGGACACCUCAUGGUAGACUGGGCAAGUGUGUUUGACGAUUUCAACAUGAAGACCGAAUAUGAAGUAUCAGUUGGAACAAGACAAGGUUUCGCCGACAUUGUUAGACAAAUGUCUACCAAAGAUACGUAUCUGACAGAAACAACCUACACAAAUGCACCUGGGGUCUUCCUAACUAUCAAGGCAAAAUCUGAAACUGGGAAAUUUGGUAUAUAUUCCCACUUUCUCUCUCUGAAUUAGCCUCCAAACAUACCUGACACAAGAAACGUUUGAAACGACUUGCCAUGUUGAUGUGUGUGACUGCUUCAUAUAUAUUUAGAUUAAGAUACAUAUAGUAAUAUUCAAGAACGUUUGUCGUUAACUAAAAUUGUAUUAAUGAGAAUAUUGAUGUAGCGUUGUUGUCACUUUGCUUUUUACAGAAUAAACGGUUGCCAUUUAA